AUGGAAAAGGGAAAUCAAACGGUGGUGAAUGAGUUCAUUCUCUCAGGACUGACUAAUAUUCCAGAUCUACAGGUCCCCCUGUUUUGGGUGUUCCUACUGAUUUAUGUUAUCACCUUGAUAGGGAACGGGGGGAUGAUCUUGUUAAUCACAAUUGACUCCCGACUCCACACCCCCAUGUACUUUUUCCUCAAGAGUUUGUCUUUCUGUGAUCUCUGCUAUUCCACGCUAAUUGCCCCUAAGAUGCUACAGAAUUUCUUAGCUGAGAGGAAAGUUAUUUCCUGGCCUGCCUGCGCUGUGCAAAUGUAUCUCAACGGCGCCCUUUCAGAUACUGAGUGUCUUUUGCUAGCUGUGAUGGCGUAUGACCGGUACAUGGCCAUCUGUAACCCGCUGCUCUAUAGGGCUACCAUGUCCAGGCGGUUCUGUAACCAGCUGGUGGCUGGGGUUUGUGCUGUGGGCUUGGUGGAGUCCAUGAUAGUCACCUGUCUGACAUUCCGGCUGUCAUUCUGCCGCUCCAAUGUCAUCAAUCAUUUCUUCUGUGACAUGGCCCCACUACUGGUGCUCGCCUGCUCUGACACUCACAUCAAUGAGAAUUUGGUAAUGAUCUCCACAUGCUUCAUUGUGUUGUGCAGUGUUGUGACCAUCCUCCUCUCCUAUGCCUGUAGCAUCUCCGCCAUCCUGCAGAUCCACUCUGUCGAAGGCCGGCGCAAAGCCUUCUCUACCUGUGCUUCUCACUUGACUCUGGUGGUCAUGUUUUAUGGCACCUUCCUCUUUAUGUAUUUACGACCCAUCUCCACCUAUUCCAUGGACACAGACAAAAUGGCCUCCAUCUUGUACACACUGGUGAUCACUAUGUUGAACCCUUUCAUCUAUAGCUUGAGGAACAGGGAAGUGAAGGACGCCCUGAAGAAAGCCAUGAAGAAACUCCUAAGCACUUCUUGA